AUGGGCAGAAAAAAGAAGAAGCAAACUAAACCAUGGUGUUGGUAUUGUAAUCGCGAAUUUGAUGAUGAGAAAAUUUUACUACAACAUCAAAAAGCAAAACAUUUCAAAUGCCAUCUAUGUCAUAAAAAAUUGUAUACUGGACCCGGUUUACAGAUUCAUUCAAUACAAGUUCAUAAAGAAAAUAUUGAUAAAGUUCCCAAUGCCAUUAAAGGACGAGAUAAUAUUGAAAUUGAAAUUUAUGGUAUGGAAGGUAUACCAGAAGAAGAUCUUCGUCAACAUGAAAAACGGCUUGCUGGUAAAGAUAAAGAUGAACCAGAAACAACUGAUACUGUGAAACCACCUCAAAUAGUAGGUAUGCCACCAAUGCCACCGUUAGGUAUGAUGACUGCUCCACCGAUGAUGCCCAUGGCAUUCACUGGUAUACCGUAUGGCAUGGCCCCGAUGCAACUUCCUAUGAUGCCAGUCCCUAUGAUGACACAAUUACGACCACCGAUGCCAGUAAUGCCGUCAGCACCUGGAAAUUCUGGUUCUCUUCUACCACCGAAUCCAAUGUUAGGUGCUGGUCCCACUUCUGGUAAACCACUUUUUCCUAGCGGAACUACUGAUGCAAAUAAUGAUGUUAACUCUUCGUCACAUAUGACAAAAAUGGUAUCAGCUGCAAAUGCUAUGUCUCAUUUAUCAGCAACUGCAUCGGGAUCAUUGCCCGGCAAUAAAUCAAAGAUAGAACCUGUGCCUGGUACAGCCAAAAUUAUUCAUCCUGAUGAAGAUAUUUCAUUAGAAGAAUUUCGUGCUUCUUUGCCAAAAUAUAAACAAAUGAUGAUGCCACCAAUGCCAAGUGGUCAUCCAAUGGCAAAUUUCAUACCGCCACCCAUGCCUGGUUUACCAUUCAUGGUACCACCCACAGGAUUUCCUCCAAUGGCAUUCAAUGGUCAACGUUUUUGA